CAGAAAGAUGGAGCGGCGCUGUUAACAUGUUCUGCUUUAUGUGGCAGUUUAACCUCUAUUUAUUUAGAGUUGUAUGUUUAAUAGCUUUGGGUUCUGUUAACUGUCGCUAACUACACGCAGGCGGCGCUAUCGAACGGUGGUGAUUCUACAGCAGCAGCAUGGAGCCAGGUGAUGCAAGUUGUGGCAAACUGAGCAAAAGUGAGCUCUUCCAUUCUCUUAAGGUGUAUCUGAACAACAAGAACAGACUGCAGCCUAUUAUAGGUUUGGGGAGUAUUACAGAAUGCGUCAAGAUGGGUACAUCCAACAGAGAUGCGUUGUACCUUUGUGAAGUCUGUGUGUGUCGACUUAGUAAAGCGGAUGUACGAAACCACAUUAUGGGAAGCCUGCAUAGAUUUAACUACAUUAAAGCCUGGCAUCCCAACUUUGUCGAAGAGUGGAAGGAGAAUCCUGACCUUUCCAAUCUGGCCUGGCCACUGAUGGAGAUGGCCAAGUUACUUGAGAAAAGGGAGGGACCUGGGGAUGUACAGGUGUUGGAAUUUGAUGAGGCCCUCUACUGGAAGCUGGUGUCACAGAGUGAGAGUGAUGCAGUUGCGCUGAUAAAUUCUGUCCGACACUGGGAGGUACAGAGUGAAAAUACCACCUCUACAGAAAUGGUAUCAGCUGAGUUGGAAUCUUGCACUGUCCAACCAGAGAGGAUUGUUUUUCCUCCCCACAACCAUCAAGGACAGCCUAAGAAACCAACUGUCCAACCCCUCAAGGCUGCUGAGAUAUUUCUUGGAUCCACGACACAGACUAACAAACAUCUGUCUCUGAUACAGACAACUGUAGCGCCCUCUCUCAAAACAAAACCUCUAUUAAAGGAAGCUACUGUAUCUCUGAUGGGGAGUUCUCAGCUCGCCUGGGAGCCAUCUGUGCUUUCUGAGAAAUGUAGCAGCUUGCUUGAUGGCUAUACAGGAACCAAGCCUCUCAUUGGCCUUCACUGUGUGGUUGAGUGUAGAAGUGAAGACGGCCACACACACUGCUUCUUAUGCCACUGCUGUCGAGUCCGAUCCAACAAAAAGGACAUGAUUGAUCACCUGACCAGCUCCUCCCACUUCUAUAACUACUUGGUGGAAGUGUGUCCUGAUCAGGUGGAGGUGUUGACGGCAGAUAUGGAUGACUGUUCUCAAUUGCUUGAGUCACUGGCCAAAAAGGUGGAGGAGAGGGAGGGCAGAGGAGAGCUAACGGUGGUAAAUUUGCCGAAAUCCUGUCGCAUGCGAAUGAGUGGAAAAAGUUACCACUGGUGUGUAAAGAUGUUGUCUAAUGGUAACAGAUGGACAAAUAAGAACUUCCGCAAAAGAAAAAGAGCUACAAAAGGUCCAGUUACGAAUAAGACCUCAUAUCAUGCUGCAGUGCCUUCAAAAUGGUCAAAAAUGAUCAGGAAUAAGAAAAAACCUCAGAAUGCAACCAGAACGGUCUUUAAUGUAAGCCUGCCUAUGACCAAAGGUUCACUGCUGCUGGAAAGGACAUCGUUCAGCCUGGACAUCCCACUAUCGCCCACAUACUCUCCUUCCCAUGACCCAGACUUAAUUUUUUCACCAGAGCUGGAUGGCUGUGACUCUGAGUCCUUCGACUUUGUUCGUGUAUCGCACGGCUCACAGGUGGAACCACAUGUCUUUGAUGGAGAUACAGACAUGGAACAGUAUGGAGACAUGGAUGAUUAUUUCUGUGAUGGUGAGAACUUAAUUCAGACUGAAGAAGUGUCUGGAACAGAAACACAUCAACAAACAGUGUUUAAUAACCAGUACCAUAAUGCUGAGGCACAAAACGGGCCACCACAUCCCUCAGUCUUCCAUGGAAAGCAGUUUGAUAGAAUCUCCAUCACUUUAGAUUCUGUCAGACAAAAGGUUUAUCAUGAAAUGGAUGAUGAAAGUCACCAUUGCGAUCAAGAACGAUCCAUUGCUAAUGUUCUCAAGGAAUGGCGACAUGAAUACCGAGAGAAGGAAAAAGGAGGGCUGAUUCACAAUCAGGACUGGUCAUCUCCUUACUACAUGGGUGAGGAGAUGUACCGUUUGGCUUCUCAGAGUGCCACGGGAGUCCAAGAGAAAGGGACAGAGUUAAAUUUGGAUGAUACUCAGCAGUAUUAUUACCAACAACCCUACAUGGCACAGAACAAUACACAUCAUUGGGUAGGCAGUAUGUGGCAUCCUGACUUCUCUGGUGAGCGGGCUCAUCAUUUCAAUGCCAAUGGUGCCAACGUCCAUCCUCACUCGCAAGCUCCACUUACUCACAGUGGUAACAUUGUAGUAGAUAAUACAGUGGAGACAACCAUUGGCUAUAUCUACACAGCUCCACAAAGUUAUAUGCUACAUCCUGUGAUCUAUCAGGACAUCCCGGUCGGCCACAAGGUUAGGUAUGACUCCAACUACAGCAACCAGCCCGUCACAAAGUCUGACCAACACUUUCCACAUCCAGUCACCAGCAGUCCUGGAGAUGGACACUACCCUCUGUCAUCCCACCUGGCACAGCCCGGGGUUAUGGACCCAAUUCUGAACUAAAUUGUAAAAUACUUUUUGUCUGAUUUGAUUUCAGGGAUUGUGGCUGACUCGUGCUUUCAUAUGUAACAUUUUUUGUUAGUUUAAAACUGAAUUAUGUUUUGUAUUACUACACUUCCAAGGGACUGUAUUUCCACUCAGGUAUUGUCACUUUUGGGUUAAAUCCCUGGUUCCCAACCUGAGGUCCAAGCCUGCAUUAGUGGGUCCCCAAAGAUUACAGGAAGGGUCUGAAGUUGAGAGAAUUAGAAGCACAUAUGUUAGUCAGAACACAUUUGACAAUUCAAACUAUUUACAAAGAUGAUCUUUGGAUGAACCAAAGGGGGUGGGGGUUAUCAGUUUAAAAAAAAAAAAAAA